GAGAGAGAGAAGAAAAAAGAGAGCGAGAGAGAGAGGGGGUGAGUGAGCGAGUGAGAAACACAUUUAUGCUAUUGCCGUUCUCCUUUCAAAUAAGCGCUUCACUAAACGGAUCAAAAUGACUAGUCAGUUCGAAGAAGAUAUCCACGACCGGGGAGAAUGUACGAGUAAACCCCCCACUCUGCUCUCCUCCUACUGUAUAGACAGUAUUCUGGGCCGACGGAGCCCCUGUAAAGUCAGGGUGAUAGGGGCACAAAGUUUGACAGCUCUACCCGGGAGACGGGAGCACGACAAGCAGACCGAAGGCUCAACUAAAGACCCCCUAUCACUAGACACAGACAUGCACCUUCCACCAAAGCUGCGCCGGCUCUACGGACCAGGGGCGAAGUACCUGAACCACGGCCGGGGUUUAGUUCACGACCUCGAGGAGAAAUUGGAUAGGGAGAGGCUUCUGGUGGACCAAGCCUGCGAGAGCCUCAAAAUCAACCAGGCUCCACAGGUGAGCAUCAGCCGCAGCAAGUCAUACCGGGAGAACGCGUCCCUAAGCCGAGGAGAGGGAGGCCAGAGCCCCGCUGGAGGGCCGGAGGAUGGGCUGAGGCUGGGCGAGUCAGGGCCAAUGAAGUUCGAGGACGCGGCGAAAGAGGAGGAGAGCUGCGGGGAGGCGAUGGGUCUCUCCCGGAAGGACGAGGAGAGGGAGAGCCUCCAUGCAGGGGAUGGAGAUGUGCGGGACGGGGAGGACAGCUUGUGUCUGUCGGCAGGCAGUGACUCGGACGAAGGGAUGCUAAAACGCAAGCAAAGAAGAUACAGGACUACAUUCACCAGCUACCAGCUGGAGGAGCUGGAGAGAGCUUUCCAGAAGACGCACUACCCCGACGUCUUCACCAGAGAGGAGCUUGCGAUGCGGCUGGAUCUGACCGAGGCGCGCGUGCAAGUGUGGUUUCAGAAUCGUCGUGCUAAGUGGCGUAAGCGUGAGAAGGCAGGUGUCCAGACACACCCCUCUGGCCUCCCUUUCCCCGGCCCCCUUUCGGCCACCCACCCCCUCAGCCACUAUCUGGAUGGGGGUCCCUUCUCCCCACACCCCCACCCCGCCCUGGAGUCUGCCUGGACCGCCGCAUUUCCUGGUCUAGCUCCUCACCGUAGCAACCACUCGGGCCAGCACCUAGGGACACCGCUGGGCCUUGGAACAUUCCUGGGUACAGCCGCCAUGUUCCGUCACCCCACCUUCAUCGGGCCCACCUUCAGCAGGCUCUUCUCCAGUAUGGGCUCUCUGACCAGUGGUCCCACCACUGCAGCACUCCUCCGCCAGCCUGCCCCGCCCAUCGAGACUCCCUCCAUCCCUCCCCCGGUCCUCUCCGACCCUUUCUCCUCCCCAUCGCCCUCCUCCUCGGCUGCAGCAGACCGCAGGGCCUCCAGUAUUGCAGCUCUAAGGCUGAAGGCUAAAGAGCACUCUGAUCAGCUCACACAGCUCCACAUCCUGCCCAGUGGAGCUCCAGGGAAGGAGGUGUGCUGAACAGCUGUUAUCCCAGCCCUCUCUCUCCUGGGCUUCUGUCCCUCACCUGUCCCCUCUUUUACCUCUCAUACGUCUGGAGAUCUGGGAAAGAAGUGGUGUGGUGGGUGGAUCCAACCCUGACCUCUGACCUCUACCCUCUGACCCUCUGACCUUCUAACUGCUCCACCCCACCCCUUCCCCAUACCCCCAAACAAAAAGCACGACCAAAUUCAAAGAGCACUGGCAAACCUGAGCACUGUGUGUGUGAGAGAGCAUCGUCAUCACCCCCACCCCUCCAGGUCUCCUGAAUGAACUUAAUCCGAAGCUAUAGACCCAUUUCGUCCAGAAUCCUCCUGACACACACACACCAACGUACCUCCAUAUUGUGUUAACCCCUCUCUAGCUCAUGCUUCCUGUUUCACUAAGUCCACUUUUUUGUGACAGAUAUAAACUACGAACUCAGGGGGGUCAACUCCACGACACCUGCUGCUUGGACACACAUACACAUGCUUUCUCGAAUCUAGAGAGAGAGAGCGAAAGAACCAGAACUAAAAAAAACAGUUGAUUCAGUGGACCACAUGAACCCAGUGCCAAAGCAGAGUCUGAGGUCUCCAUCCAAGCCAAAGCAACCUGUCCACAGACCUUCCUGUCCUACUCUGCAACCCAACCUGAACCUACUGGCUCAAUCUAACCUGCAUCAAGUUAGUUCUCCUGUCUUCAUUUUCAGUUCCCAACAUCACUAAGCAGCUCGAUUGAUCAUUUUGGAGUAAGAAUUAAAAAAAACUAAAUAUAAUUUUCAGGCUUUCAGCUAAUUGAGUUUGACUUGAGGACAAAUUACGUGAAUUUUAGAUUAUAUCCUCUGUCUCUUAUGGCUGAACUGUGUGAGAAAGAAAAAUCAACUGGUGUAAAUAUUAUUGUAAAAAAUUAGGGGGGGAAACUAAGAAAAAAAAUUAUACUUUUUCGAAACAGAGCCUUGUAUAUUUGAAAAGAGACCAUGUUUGAGAAGUUGCACUUGGUGUAGUGUUUUAUGGGCAUAGAUGUGGCCCUGUGUAGAAUUCCCCAGUGGUGAUGAGCUAUCAUAGGUUUUUACAUUAUCAUUUAUGUCGAAACUGUUCCCCAACAGAUUGAGUGCAGGGUGUCAUGUAAAAUGUUUCCCAGAGUGAAAAUGUUCCCAACAGGGCAGGAUUCUUUUUUUUUUUUAUUGUUAAAUUGAUUGUAAAUUUCCUGGUUUAAUAAUAGAUAGAAAAAAACAUAAUUUAAUAAAUGAGUGGUGAAAUUAAAUAUUCCUUAGAUUAUUAUUUCAACCCAUUAUAGAACUGACAAAAGCCAGGAAUUUUAAACAUGUGAAAUAGAAUUAUAGAACUAUUAAUAAAAUUGUUAUGAAGAAACUGAUGUUUUAUGUCUAAUUUAGAAAUUAUAUAGGCCUAGGCUAAUGAAUGCUUCAAAUCAAAAUAAUUGUAUGAUUCCGUUCUAUGCUUGGAUAUGAAUUGUACAGUUAUAGCAUAAAGAGUGGCUCUAAUGGUUGUUUUUACGAUUUAACGUGGAAUUGCAUUUUUGAUAACGUUUAAUUUUUAGAUUAAUAUUCUGACCCACUAGCAUUUCAUAUCGAAUUAACCUUUAUUAUAAGUGAUUCAUUAUCUACUUGAGGACUUAGUUGAAUUAUGUUAAUAGUAUUUAACAUUCACGUCAAAUUUGAAAAGUAGUUUGGAAUUAGGUCCAAAAUGCAUCUUAAUUGUUUUCCAAAUGAAUUUAAAAAGAGAGGCUCACCAGAGGGGAAUUCAGUUGUGAGUGUGAGGAGCUGAGAAAAGGAGUAUAGUGCUACCGGUAUAUUUUGUGUGGUGGCUGGCCACACUGAACAGGCGAACUGAAAGAGAAAAUAGAUUAGCUGCAGUAAUGACGGAUAUAAUUCUAGGCCGCUGUGUGCGUCUGUUCUCUCCAGCCGAGUUGACGAAAUACAGACCCAUAUAUUCAUGAGCAAAUUCCCCACAUGUGAAACGGGCGACAAAGGCGAGGGGUUUUCAAUUAGAUCGCCCACUUUA